AUGUCGUCGCAAAGCCCCCAAACCUCGAGGCCGGGGACCGCAAGGAAGCGGUCGGAGAGUGCGUCGGCUCCAUGGCCUGCCUCGAUUGAUUCCUUCGACGCUCAGCCUGGGAGCAGAGACCGCUCGCAAUCCGUGACGCAAAAUGAAGGUCCGCGGCAAGCACCGAGUGCAGAGUUGGAUGGCUCCGAUCGUGUGUUUCCCAUUCGGUCGGUUGUCUCUGUUGACCCGACCGCGGCCCAACAUGCUUUGUCCCACGCGGUCUCGCCAACCCGCGAAGGUGCUCGCCAGUACUCGAUCAUCGACCAACAUACUUGGGAGAACCUACAAUCCCAGCCCCAACCAGUUCAAGAAACCACUGUGCCUACGGACACCCUGCGCCACGAAACGUUUGCUUCCGACGAUAAGACCGAACUGGCCACCCACUCCAUGGCAUCCCGAGUUGCCGAGCAUCCAGAGAUAUACGCAAAGGUCGAAAAUGACUGCCAGUCUGCAAGCAGCGGUACUCCUCAACCAUCAUCACACGCACCGGCGGACUACAACGAGUCUUAUGGUCAUGUCACAGCCCGGUUCAAACAUGUCAUGACCGACAGUGGUCAUGCCGUCAUUACAGGGCGAGGCGGGGAAUCCUUUCAAUAUUGCGAGGAUGAGCCUAUCCGCAUUCCGGGAGCUGUACAGAGUUUCGGGGUCAUGAUCGCGUUGCGAGAGGAGUCCCCAGAUCAGCUCGUGGUUCGGGUUGUAAGCGAAAAUGCCCACCAAUUUUUGGGCUAUUCUCCCCGGGAGCUCUUCGAGCUGAAAAGCUUUUGUGAUAUUUUAAAAGACGACCAAGCCGAUUCACUACUGGAUCACAUCGACUUUGUCCGUGACGACGCUUAUGACCCCUGUGUGGACGGGCCCGAAGUGUUUGGCUUGACCAUCUCCACACCGGAUGGCGAGAGCCGCCGUUUCUGGUGUGCGACGCACGUCAGUCAGACGCACAAGGAUUUGAUUAUCUGCGAAAUGGAGUUGGAGGAUGACGAGAUUAACCCAUUGAAUAUUGGUGGAUUGGAAACCCCUUCUAGUCCAACAGGAACGCUGGGGUCGUUCCCGACCCCCGAGCAAUUCGCUGGUAGCACCGUCAACAUCAGCCAACCGCUUCGAGUACUCCGCAACGCGCGACGAAGAAGGGGCGAGGCUGCAGCCAUGGAGGUUUUUAGCAUGUUGUCACAGAUCCAAGAGCAACUAGGUCGAGCCAACGACCUCGAUACUCUUCUGAAUACUACAGUUGGAUUGGUCAAGGAGCUGACAGGUUUCCAUCGCAUUAUGAUUUACCAGUUUGACAGCAGUUGGAAUGGUUUGGUUGUGGCGGAAUUGGUCGAUCCCAAAGUCACCGUUGACCUUUACAAGGGUCUUCAUUUUCCAGCCUCCGAUAUUCCUGCCCAGGCGCGGGAGCUGUACAAGGUCAACAAGGUCCGACUGCUUUAUGAUCGUGACCAGAUCACCUCACGACUUGUGUGCCGGACACUGGAGGACCUUGAGACCCCUCUUGACAUGACUCACUCUUACUUGCGCGCAAUGUCACCCAUCCACAUCAAAUAUCUCGCUCACAUGAAAGUCCGAUCGUCAAUGUCUAUCAGUAUCAACGCUUUCAAUGAUCUUUGGGGUUUGAUCUCGCUUCACUCGUACGGAAACUUCGGUAUGCGUGUUUCGUUCCCGGUCCGCAAGAUGUGCCGUCUUCUCGGUGACACCGUUUCGCGGAAUAUCGAACGUUUGUCAUACGCAUCUCGUCUGCAAGCUCGAAAGUUGAUCAACACUGUGCCGACCGAGGCCAAUCCAUCUGGCUAUAUCAUUGCUUCCUCUGACGAUCUGCUACAAUUGUUUGAUGCUGACUACGGUGCUCUGUCUAUUCGUGACGAGACGAAAAUCUUGGGUGACAAUACUCACUCCCAAGAGGUCCUUGCUCUUCUCGAAUUCCUCCGUAUGCGCCAGAUGAACACGGUGCUUGCCUCACAUGAUAUCAUCAAGGACUUCCCAGACUUGCAAUACGCCCCUGGUUUAAAAGCGAUCUCCGGAUUGCUGUACGUUCCACUAUCAACAGGUGGCAGUGACUUUAUUUGUUUCUUCCGUAAAGGUCAGCUCACGGAAAUUAAAUGGGCCGGCAAUCCGUACGACAUUGCAAAGCGGAAAGAAACGGCUGGAUUUUUGGAGCCACGCAGCAGUUUCGCGGCAUGGCGAGAGACCGUUCUUAGCCAAUCGCGCGAAUGGUCUGAAUCGGAUGUCGAGACGGCUGCGGUGCUCUGUCUUGUCUAUGGUAAAUUCAUCAAGGUGUGGCGACAGAAAGAAGCAGCCAUGCAGAAUUCCCAAUUCACCAAGCUUCUUCUCGCGAACUCUGCACACGAGGUUCGUACUCCUCUCAAUGCGAUCAUCAACUACCUGGAGAUCGCACUGGAGGGUGCCCUAGAUUCGGAAACUCGAGAAAGUUUAACAAAAUCGCAUUCUGCAUCCAAGUCCUUGAUCUAUGUCAUCAACGAUCUACUGGACCUCACCAAUACCGAAAAGGGCCACGAUCUCAUCAAAGACGAGACCUUUGAUCUUCAGCUUACUUUGCGCGAGGCGACUGAUAUGCUUGCCGGUGAAGCCAAGCGCAAAAACAUUUCAUACACUGUGUCUUCCAAGCCUGGCCUGCCUCGGAUGGUGGUUGGCGAUCAACGUCGCGUACGUCAAGUAUUCUCCAACCUCGUUUCCAAUGCCAUUCAACAAACCAGCUCCGGCGCCGUAACUGUUGAGAUGUGGCGGUCUGGCACUCAGGACAUGCCUGGACACGUGGCUGUGGAGAUGAUGGUCUUGGACACGGGAGCUGGAAUGUCAAAAUCCAAGCUUGAAGCCAUCUUCCAUGAGCUUGAGCAAGUCUCCACCGAUGAUAAUCACCACGAGGAGGAAGAUCCCGCGACUGUGCAAAACCCAGAGAAGAAGCGGGCGCUGGGGCUUGGGCUUGCCUUAGUUGCAAGAAUUGUUCACAACAUGCAGGGUCAGUUAGGAGUCAAAUCGGAGGAGGGCAAAGGUAGUCGGUUCAAGAUUCUUUUGCCAUUCAAAUUACCAGAGGGAAUGUCGAUGGAAAUACCGCCCGAUGCUGUCAUACCCAGCUCCGCGACUGUUCCCCCCACACCUAUGAUCUCUGAUCGUGAAUUCACCCUGGUGGGUGGAGUCGUUGAGCGUCGUGAAGGCCGACGACUCAGCUCUGAAAGUCUUCGCAGUGGAGGUAGCUCUCGCAGCGGUCGCAGCGGCAAGAGCCACGCCGAUCGUCUGAUCAGUGCCAUACAAGAACCUGCCCUGGUUCAGCGCGCCUUUAGUGACAGCUCCGAUGCGCGUCAGGUCAAGCUGUCAACCAGCCCGCCCGUGAGCUCCAGCCAUUUUUCGGCACCCAUGACUUCGCCGCGGUCAAAUAGCCUUAAGAAGGCAUCUUUUGCCCAAGAUCCGUUGGCUAGCCUGGCGACAGUCACCCAUACACCGCCAUUAGUCUUGCAGCCGUUCAGGACACCACCUGCCCCGGGUACCGCAAAUGUCACCGAUUCUGGUGUGCCAAUGGGAGCUGUCCGGGUUUCCGAACGAGAUGUUCAGCGUAGGGCUACCCAGCAGGCUGAGGAUCAAUCAUACUUCCCUCCCAUCCCGAUCUAUGAGACUGAAAACUCGAUCAUGACUUCGGCGUCUGCCGUCCCUUGUUCAACUACGCCUACUUCGGUCCUUGCUGCAACUCCCUCGCUGCUCCAUGUCCUUGUCGCAGAGGACGACCCCGUCAACAGCAAAAUCAUCCAUAAAAGAUUAACCAAGUUGGGUCACACCGUUGUACUUACCAGCAACGGUGAAGCUUGCGCGAAUGCAUUCACCUCAGCCAGCCAAAAAUUCGACGUGGUCCUCAUGGACCUCCAAAUGCCUAUUCUCGACGGGAUGGUGGCAACCAAGAUGAUUCGUGAAUUUGAAUCCAAGACUCCAGAUGCGCUGUCAUGCAACGUUCGGCAGAACGAACGCAUCCCUGUGUUUGCCGUGUCGGCUUCGCUGCUCGAGUCGGAGAGGCAGACAUACAUCGAUACAGGCUUCGAUGGCUGGGUCAUGAAGCCAAUCAAUUUCACACGGCUCAACGUUCUAUUAAGUGGCAUUUCUAACCGUGAAGCAAGGGCUGCAACCUCAUACGAGCCUGGUCAAUGGGAGAAUGGCGGUUGGUUCAAUACAUGA